AUGGGUCUCACGUUUUCGAAGCUGUUCGAUAAGCUCUGGGGAAAGAAGGAGAUGCGAAUCUUGAUGGUCGGACUCGACGCUGCCGGAAAGACGACGAUCCUGUACAAGCUGAAACUAGGUGAAAUCGUUACCACCAUCCCCACAAUCGGCUUCAACGUUGAAACCGUCGAGUACAAAAACAUCCAGUUCACUGUGUGGGAUGUGGGAGGACAGGACAAGAUUCGACCCCUGUGGAGGCAUUACUUCCAGAAUACUCAAGGUAUCAUCUUCGUCGUUGAUAGCAACGAUCGCGAUCGUGUCGUGGAAGCCCGUGAAGAGUUGCAGCGUAUGUUGAACGAGGAUGAGUUGAGGGAUGCUUUGCUUCUGGUCUUCGCAAACAAGCAGGAUUUGCCGAACGCCAUGAACGCUGCUGAAAUUACCGACAAGCUUGGUCUACACUCUUUGAGACAGCGCGCAUGGUACAUCCAAUCGACUUGUGCUACUUCUGGCGAUGGUCUCUACGAAGGACUGGAAUGGUUGAGCAACUCACUCCGAAAGGCUGGGCACAACUAG